GUAAUCAGUUGAAAACGAACAACGAAGCGAGUGAGACGUGUUUUUGGUUAGUUCUUGUAAACAAUCAGUUUUUAUAAAGCAAAUCAACAUAAUUCUUCACACCAAACAAAAUUCAAUAUCGUCCCAGUUCUUGAACAUAGCAAUUUUAAUUCUACUUUGAGUUCUUUUGCGUUUUUUGAACGAAAAUUUUAUUUUUUCAAACAACGAAAAAACCAUCGCAGAGCAGAACAACAACAACAAAAAAGAAUAAACCAGCAAAGCCACCAUAAAAAAAAUAAAAAUUUGAUUUUCGUGAAAAAUUUGAAAAUUCAUAUUUUUUCUGUUAUUUUGGUGCGCAAAGUGUUUUGAGAGUGAGAGAAAUUCAACAAAGACUUGAACGGAAAAAAAAAUACGGCGAGACUAAAAACAAGAUUUGAACAGAAAGCGAUAAAAAAAAUAUCCGAAGUGACAAUCAACUUAUAUUUUUCGUUUCCACAAACUUUUCUGUUGGGAUUGAUAAAUGCACGUCUAGAGCGCUAUUUGUUGUAGAAUCGCAUUUUUUUAUACGAACUCGAAAACGAACAAUAUUACUGAAAACUGCAUUUAUUUUUUUACACACACACACACACACACAAAAAGACAGAAAUUUUUUAAAACUUCGAACACUUCAAAGAAAAAUCAUCUCAAAAUAAACCAAAUAGUGAUUCAUAAAUAAAAACAACCAAAUAUUUCAAAGACAGAACAGAAGCAGCGUGCCUGACGAAAAAUUGCAAAGUGAUUUUACUGUAAAUGAAACUCAGUUGCAUUCAACGCAUUUAUUUUUUGUGAAUUUACCGAUUUUUUUUUACAUUGUGAAUGUGUGCAACACUUUUGUUCAAUCACAGACACCAUCGAACUGAAUUGAUUCAAUCGACUAAAUAAAACUCAAUGGCCAGAAAAAUUGAGCGAAAGAAAAAAAUUCGUAAAAAAUUCAUCGGGUAGAGAGCGAACAUUUGUUGAACAAGAAAAUUACCAUCAGAGAGUGAGCGAUAGAACAGCAUUUUCCAGUGAAAAUUAUUCUUGUGUGAAAUUUUACGUCGGCGACGAUAAAAUUGAGACAAUCGCGAGCGAUAAAAAGAACAAACAAGAACAUUGUAACUGUUAAAUUUGACCGAACGAAAAAAAUCUAACACGAUUUUUUUCUUAAGUGCUCGCGUUUAGUGCGUGCGCAAAUCUUCGAGAAAAAAAGAACAUUUUGUAUAAAAAAAAACACAAACACACCGAACAAAAAUGGCAGUGGGAUUCUUUGUGGACGAUGGUGAUGAGCACCUCAACAGCUCAUAUCACACAACAGUGGCACAUUCAGCCACACAAACACCACUACAGAGCCCCGUCAGUCAUGAAUAUCUGGUGCAAGCAUUCUGCGAGGCCCUCCAUCGAUCCGGCAUUGCUGGAUCACCAGGUAUUCUCACAUCUCCGCCACCCAGCCCAUCAUGCUCACAUCCAAAUGGAAACGGCGACGUCUUCUUUCCACGCGGUAGCAGCAGCAGCAGCGGUAGCGGCUCAAGUAGUUCAUCAGUGCAACCAUCAACACCGUCAAGCAUUCGUAUGCACGAUGACUACCGAUCCGCACAAUGGUCACCCCGAAGUGUCAGCGUGCCAAGACGAAGAUAUCGCUUGACAUCCGCCAGCGAUGAAGACGACUAUGACGAUGAGCAACCAUCGUACGAUGAUUACGAGGAGCGAUAUAUAGCUCCACGUGAGCACCUGCCAGAGUUUUCCGGUCGCAUUCCACCUCGUAAAAAGCGAGAUACGAUCAAUGCACAACAGCCACGUAAAGCCAGAGAUCCAAAGAUGUGGCCAGCAGUCGCUGUAACUGCCGUCGUAUUGGCUGUUGGAUGUGGCUUCUUGGUGUCACGGUAAACAAGCAAUCACGUACCGUUUCCCGGGAAAGAACAAGCGAAUGAUGAUAGUUUAAAUGGUCUACACACCGUGCUGCUUACGACCAAUUCCAGGUAAAAAUUGGCCAAUAUUGAAACAAAAAAAACACACAAACAAACCUCACAACAACAACAACAAUCAACAUCAAAACGAAUAUAAACAAAAAAACGGAGAACAUAACAACAACAGUUUAUGAAACAUCAGUCACCAUCAUCCGGACAGAAAACAACGUACCACAAUGAAACGUAUCAAACACCAAUUCAUCGGCUCUUCAUUACCAACCAAAAAACAAUUCUCCGCAACAUUUUAUAACCGAAACAAAACGAAAACAACAGGAAUUCCAUAGAAAUGCGAUCAUUUCGCAUGAAACCGUUAACAUAUUUCCUUGGAGCUCAUCACACAACCGCACAGCAACAAAAAAACUGUAACAAUUGUAAAAUGCAUCCUUUUUUUCUACUGUUUGAAUAUAUAUUAUGUAAUAUCCCAUUUAUGAAAAAGCAUUUCAAAUAUUAAUAUUUAGCGAAAAAAUAGUGAUUAAGAGACGAUUUUUUUUAGCAUAUUGCAAGAGGAGCCAUUAGCAAAAAAGAAUCAAGCAAAAAAGCAAUGAACAAAACAAUAGAAAAAGAGAAAAGAAAAAAAAAAUACAAAGUCAAGAAGGAAGCUAGUCCAAGGAAGACGAAGUAAAGGGCACACGAUGCCAUGCGAUGUGUGCCAGAAUGAAUUGGUUGUGUGGCAAAACAGGCGAUAAUCUUUUCAUGCCUUCUCUUUUAUUACGAAAUCAAUUCCCGGAAUUGAUGAUGUUUUGGUUUUGGUUGCAAAAACAAAGUCAUUUUUAAAGUGAAUCAUCAACUACUAUACACAAAUUGAAACUUUUUUGCUUGCCGAAAAUUGAGACUUUGCGUUUUUACUGGCGAAAAAUAAGCCACCACCAUCGAAAAAACACUUGCGACGGCUCAAUUUGAACAGGCAACAUCUUUUUAACAAACAAAAUCAAAACAAUUUCUGAAGGGAAAAAAGAAAGGCUUUGCUUUCAUACUAAACCACAACUAAUUGAUUCAUCCACCGCUUGUUCCGUGUGCUUUUCCAUACUUUUUUCUGACAUUCUUUACACUAGUUAAAUUGAUAUUUUUUUUGCUACCCAACAAAAUGAACAGAAAAAAACAUAUUGAACGAAAAAUUCAAGCGUUUUUUUGGUGCCAGCAAAAAAAAAGAAACGUUUUUGGUUCUCAACAUUUGAUUUCAAUUCAAUUCAAUUUUCGAUCCAUUCAAAAUUGAAUUGAAUCCAGAACAAAACCGAAUUGGUCCAAAAUACUCCGAUAAAAUGGAAUUGGUUUGAUAAGUGGAAAGUGGUGUUCGAUUGAAAUGAAGAAAAAUAAAACAGAAGAGGCUGUUUUUUGUGUCGCUAGAUUUAGAAGAAGAAGAAAAAAUCAUUCGUUGAAAACCAAAAAAAAAAAUAUGAGAAAACAAAUCCGAAUUCAAUACAACGAGUCCGAGAUAGACAUGACUUAAGACAUAACACUAUCUUUUUUUAGUUGUUUAAUCGUUUUCCUUUCAAUUUUUUUUUUUUAUUUCUCGCGUCAUAUUUGUACAUAAAUAUAAUUCAAAUGAUAAUACCGAACUGGCGUGACCAAAAAUCGAAAUCAAAAAGCAUGCACGUCAAGAAGACGCGCGUUUGUUUUGGUCGCGCCCAAAAAAAGACAAAAGAACCAACAAAACAAAAUGGAAAUGCACCGAGAAGCGGACAUUAAAUCAAAAUGAUAUUGUUUUAAAUGACGAAAAUCCCAAAGCGAUUGUGAUUUUACGAAGGAAAAGAACCCAAAAAAGAACGCGAGCGAAUAGCUUUUGUUUUGGACUCGAUGCAACUGCUUCCGCCGCCGCUGCCGCAGUUGCUCGAGCGACAUUCUUUUGUCACAUUUUGCAAUUAUUUAUCACAUUUCUUUCGUUGCUUUUUUGUUCAAAUUUUUUUUGUCGCCGCCUCCGAAAACCGACCGAAUGCCACACACAGUUUCACAGUUUCAAUAAGUUUUCAUUUUCAUUUUCUUCUUUCAUUUCGGUUUUUUGCCCAGCGUGUUCUUUCAGAAAAACUUUCUUCAAAACGGUUGUUUUCGGUUAAUUCUAACUCUUCUCUCUCUCUAUUUUUUUGUGUAUCAUUAUCCGAACAGCUCAUUAAAGCAUAUUGUGAUUGUGAAGACAAGGUGAAUGUUUUUUUUUUCAUUUCCACGCGCGACGAAAGAAGAUAAAUAAGAAUAAAUUUUAAAAAAAAAACGUUAAUUUAAAGAGAAAAAAAAAAUAUGAAGAAAAUCCAAAAAAUUUGAGGAAAAAAAAGAAGAAGAUAUAAGAAAAACGAAGGCAUUUGUAAAAUGUUUGUGAUUUUUUCUUGUGGCGGAAAUUUGUUAGUUUUUCUUCGCAAAACAAAUGGUGUUAUCAUUUUAUUUCUGUUUAAAACAAUUGAAAAAUAUGAAGGGCUUUUUUGUGUGGUUGUUCACCAUAGAGAAUCGCACCUUUUUGCACUCUAUUGUGUGGCAUGACCCAAGCCUUUGCAACAAAAAAAAAUUAACAAUUUUAAGAGAAAAUAUGGAAAAAAGACGAAAAAAAAACAAAUCAUUGUAUAAUGGCUUCAGAGAGACACAUUCUCCGAAAUUGAUCUAAUUGUAUCCUAUAUCCUGUAAAUGAUACUCUCUUUUUCUCCGCUUCGGAACUGUUUUUUUUUUAUAAACUGGACUUAUUUUGCCGUUUCCCUUCGAUCUCUAAAACAAAGAAAAAAAGAAUGGUUUCGAUUUAGACGAUGAUGUGAUUGAAAAUUUCAUUGAGAUUUCUUUACGAAAUGUUGUUAGCAACACGUUUCUCGCAGCUCAAGCUGUGAGAAGACAUACACACACGGUUUCGAUACACAUUUAAUUAAAAGUAAGACCAAAACACACAGCAAAUAGACAGCAUCUAAACAAAGAAGCAUUUUGUGCUAAAAAAUGAAAACAACAAUAAAUUUAUAACGAAAACAGAAUUUGAUCUCAAUAUAUUCUAUUCAGUUUUGUGGUGGAGAUGCAGUAUAAAAAAAAAUACACACACACAUAUUAAAUAUAUAUCCAAAACAUAUUCUAUUCUAUAUAUUGCCACAAGAAUAAACUAUAUUAAAGAGAAAAUAAACCUAUUCAUAUUGAGAAAAUGGGAUUAAGAAUUGAACGCAAACAAAAAUAUGAAGAAGAAAUUGAGAUUUACGAUUUAAUCAUAUAAUAAUAUUACACAUAAACACUACGAAAACUCAUACACCUUUUUUUUUUCUUUGUAUACUUAUACGAAACUAACCAGAAAUCUUUAUAUUCCUUUUUUUUGCAACCAAUAAAUCUUUACUUUUCUUACUUUCAAACACAUUUAUUUUACACACACAACUAAUCAUUGAAAUAUUCCAGUUGAAAUCUUUGCCUACUUUACACAUUCUAUAGAAAGUUAAUCAAACGGAAACAUUUCAUCGAAAGAUGUUUUUGAUUCGGAGAUGGAUUUUGAUCCGAAAUUUUCAAUUCGAGGUUUUCGAUCCGAGGUUUUUGAUUCUUUUUGGAGGAGUUUUUGAUUGAAAAUUCGACGCGAUUCCAUUGGAUUAGACAGGGUAUAGAAUCGGAUCGGAUCGCAGUGCAGUUGACUCAAAUCGACUUGACUCGACUCGACUCGGUUCGACCAAAAUCGUCUAAACUCGUUUAGAUUCAAUUCAUUCGAAUCUCCACCGAAUUCAAAUCGGUUCCAUCCGGGGACGUCAAAUUUUUCAUCCAUAAAAAAUCUUCAAAGUUCAAAGUCCAUCAAACGAAGACUAAACAAACAAUACAAGACAACUUUGAAUCGAAAUUUUCACCUUUUUCUACUCAAAAACUCCAGCAGUUGAAGGUCAGCUGCUUUAAAUCGAAAACCUCAAUAGCUCCAAAAUAAAGGAUGCAAUGUUCCGUCUAUAACUCGUAUCGAUUUGGUUUCAUUUUACUUAUCCUAAAUGCGAAAAAGACAUAAUUCACUCGAAAAUAGUAUAUUAAGCCCUCUCCUCCCGUUGAAAAAAAAAAAAACGCCGAUGAACGAAGAAUGAAUAAUAUUUAAGCGAUUAAGAGACGAUGUUGAGGGUUUCAAAUUGAAUUUCAAACGAUUCCAGUUUUUCACACAUAUUUGCAAAAGCUAACCAAAUCGAAUUGCUUCUUGUUUGUAAAAAAGAAUGAAAAUCUCAAUUGAGAACAUACACACCUAAUGAGUGUUAACGAAGACAAAAUAAAAAACGAAAAAAAAUAUCAAAUUGGUGCUGAAAUUUAAUUGAAAAUCGAACAUCGAAAACGAAAAAAAGAAAAUUGAAUGGAAACGAAAAGAAAUAAAAAAGCGGAAACGAUAUAUUGUAAAUAAGAGAAAGGAUUCACUAACUCGCAAAAAUCGCAAUAAAAUUUAUUCACGUCUAUAUUCAAAAAAA